AUGGCGCUGCGAUCCGAUAUCAACGGUACCUCUGCGCCUACGGCCGAGUCGAAUGGAGUCACCUCGGCAGCGCGACCUAGAGUAAACGGCCGCUCAACCUCGAAUAGUGUUCCGGCGAGCGACGAUGACGAACAGCGCCCUUUGAGUGCACCCAACCGGCGCAACGGGAGCAUGAGUCUCGAGACGAAGGACGAUAUCGAGCACCACCAGCAAACGCGGCCCGUGAAGCCAUUGCUGCUCCGGUCCAAGAGUGACUACGCGCAUCGAUCGAUGGAUGAACCCGAACCGGUAGAAGACAACAUACCUGAAUGGGGUGCUAGACAUGGCUUCGAGGACCACUACCAGUCGGAGGAUAUUAUAUCUCAGCUGGCUAAUAAUUGGUAUAUGUACUAUACAGAUAAACGACACGAGACGACAGGCAAACCCAAACCACUACAGUAUGAACUUCAAGAUUGGCGACAAAGAGACAGGUUGAAGACGGUCUCUGCGGCUCUCGCGGUGUGUUUAAAUAUAGGUGUCGAACCUCCCGACCAGCUCAAGACCAGCCCAGGCGCGAAACUGGAAGCCUGGACAGAUCCGACGGUUCCUCCUAUCCAGAAAGCCCUCGAAAACAUCGGCAAGUCGCUUCAGGCUCAGUAUGAAACUCUCGCGAUAAGAGCGCGAUAUAAACAGUACCUGGACCCGUCUGUCGAGGAGACAAAGAAGUUCUGCAUCUCUUUGCGCAGAAAUGCCAAGGAUGAGCGUGUUCUGCUUCAUUACAACGGACAUGGUGUUCCCAAGCCAACUGCGUCGGGCGAGAUUUGGGUUUUCAACAAGAAUUACACUCAGUACAUCCCCGUUUCGCUCUACGAUUUACAACACUGGCUACAAGCUCCCACCAUAUUUGUCUGGGAUUGUUCAGAGGCUGGUAAUAUCCUUAACAACUACCAUAGAUUUGUCGAGAAACAUGAAGAGGAGGAGGAAGAGGCCGCAGAGCGUGACCCUAACUACACAAAGACCAAUUUCCGACCCUAUAUACACUUGGCCGCCUGUGCAGUCAAGGAGAAUCUUCCCACCAACCCUCUUCUACCCGCAGAUCUCUUCACUGCUUGCCUCACAACCCCCAUCGAGAUGGCUCUGUGGUUCUUUGUCCUACAAAAUCCCCUCAAAACCAACAUCAGCCCAGAGCGGGCCAAGAAGCUACCUGGUAGACUCCAGGAGCGGCGAACACCAUUAGGUGAACUUAAUUGGAUUUUUACUGCCAUCACGGAUAGCAUUGCAUGGACGACCUUGCCGCGCGAUCUCUUCCGCAAGUUCUUCAGACAAGAUCUUAUGGUUGCAGCUCUGUUCCGUAACUUUCUUCUUGCUCAGCGUGUCAUGACCGUUUACGGAUGCCAUCCUCAAUCCUAUCCAAAGCUUCCCGACACCCACCAGCAUCCAUUGUGGGAGACGUGGGAUCUGGCGGUCGACAUGGCAUUGGCUCAGCUCCCCAUGCUGGAGAAGAAGGAAAGCGAGGGCUUUGAUUAUGAGUACCAAAACUCAACCUUCUUCACAGAACAACUCACUGCGUUCGAUGUUUACCUUACUAGGGGCGAUGCGAUGGCUCAGAAAUCACCCGACCAGCUGCCUGUUGUGUUGCAGGUGCUGCUCAGCCAACAGCAUCGAGUUCGUGCGCUUAUUCUACUCGGUCGUUUUCUUGACCUUGGUCCGUGGUCUGUUCAGCUCGCUCUCAGUAUCGGAAUCUUCCCGUAUGUUCUUAAGCUCUUGCAAUCUGCUGCAGCUGAGUUGAAGCCGGUGAUGGUCUUUAUCUGGGCACGCCUCAUCGCAGUGGAUCUUUCAUGUCAGCAAGAUCUCAUCAAAGACAGCGGUUACAGCUACUUUGCGCAGAUUCUCAAGCCGUCUGAAGGAUUACCUGUUGUUGACAGCGAUGAGCACAAGGCGAUGUGUGCCUUUAUUCUCGCCAUGCUUUGCAAAGACUAUAAAAACGGCCAGAUGGUCUGCAAUCAGACAGAUAUCAUGUCUUACUGCUUAACUCAUCUUCAAAAUGAAGAAAACCCUCUUCUGCGACAAUGGGCAUGCCUCUGUAUAAGCCAACUUUGGCAAGACCUUCCCGAGGCAAAGUGGCGGGGUAUCCGGGAGAAUGCGUACGUCAAGUUGGCCUAUCUGGUCAGAGACCCUUGUUGUGAGGUACGAGCGGCUAUGGUGCAUGCCAUGACCACGUUCCUUGGCAUUCCCGACCUGACAGAAGAAGUUGCCCGUAUUGAGGAGUCAAUUGCAUGGACUAUCCUUGAUAUGGGUAAUGACGGAAGCCCGAUGGUUCGCAAAGAGUUCGUUGUGUUCCUGUCGAGUUUUGCUGUUCGCUUUGAGAGUAAGUUCUUGGUUGCAGCAUAUGAACAACUGGUUGAGGAGAAGGAGUAUCUCAUGUUCCCUCCCCAAGACGAUGGCCAGGAACACAAAAUGGGGGUGCAUUAUGCAAGACCCGACAAUCGCAACAAGGAUGGCACCAUUAAACCAAUGGCCCAUGGCUUGUCGCACAACACAGUCUACAUGGCGUUGUGGAAGUUAGCUUUGGUACUCAGCGUCGACCCUCACCCUGAAGUACAACGUGAGGCUACAGUCGUAGUCGACUUCGUGCAUCACGCGCUUUUCAGCUCAAAAGUUGGCGCCCAGACCCAACAGGUCAUGGCUGAGAUUCAAAAACGCGCGACAAAGCUAACACACAAGCACACACCGAACGCAAGCCAGCGUAGCAAUGCUGCAGGACAUGCCAACUCGCAGCCCUUACCUUCUCCUGGACUCUUGCGGCGAACUGCGAGCUUGCUAUUUCCAUCUUUGGUCACCAAUGAAGAUAAAUCAAGACCGACAACACCGACUUUGCCUCGGUCGCCAUCACUAAAACACACACCAAACCAGUUGCCUCCGCCAGAACAGAACGAUCGAGCAUCGUCACUGGGGCAGUACAACGUUGCGCAUGAGCCCUACUCUGGUGCCUACAGAGAACGAGACUUGACAAAACCUGCCACACUCCCUAUCAAGAGCAGAUUCUUGGAAUGGUCAAUCGAAUACUUCCGUGAACCGCAGAUGAAGCCAAGUGAAGCAGAUGAGCCAGGAAGCACUGAGUAUAAUGAGCGCCUCUGGCGGAGAGCUCGUAAUGAAACUAUCAUUAGAGAGACACAGCCAUUGAAACAACAAGCGGGAAGCCACAAGUGGAAUAAUCAGCUUGGAAUUGUCAACAAUGGUGCUCAACCGGCCAAAAUGACUUUCCAUCAGUUUGAGGAUCAUCUUGCUGUGGCAGAUGAUGGCAAUACAGUUUACGUGUGGGACUGGAAGAAGCAAGGUCGGCUGAGUCGUUUCAGCAACGGAAAUCCUGAAGACUCUAAGAUCAGCGAUAUGAAGUUCAUCAACGAGGACGAUCAAGCAAUGCUUCUCACAGGAUCAUCCGAUGGUGUGAUCAGAGUCUACCGCAAUUACGAAUCGGAUAGAGAAAUCGAGCUCGCAUCUUCCUGGCGUGCCUUGACACACAUGGUGCCAAGCAACGUCAACUCGGGUAUGGUGUUCGACUGGCAGCAAGUUACAGGCCGAGUCCUCGUCGCUGGCGAUGUUAGGGUAAUCCGAGUGUGGUACGCUGCUUACGAGACAUGCGUCAUGGACAUCCCAGCACGGUCAGGAUCCUGCGUGACAUCAUUGACGUCUGAUCAAAUGACGGGUAACAUGUUCGUUGCCGGCUUCGGAGAUGGCGCCGUUCGGGUUUUCGACACAAGAAACCGUCCUCAGGAGUCAAUGGUGCGCAAGUGGAAAGACGAGUCGGAUCGCCAGUGGGUCAAGAGUGUUCAUAUGCAGCGUGGUGGACAGCGAGAGCUCGUGAGCGCUAGCAGGAAUGGCAAGGUCAAGAUCUGGGAUAUUCGCAUGGAUAAGCCUCUGCACUCCUUCCAGACAACGCGAGACACACUUCGCACCGCCAGCACGCAUGAACACUUGCCGGUCUUUGCUGUAGGCACCUCCGCGCAUACAGUCAAGGUGUUUAACCUUGAUGGCCACCAGCUUUCGAACGUUGAGCCUUACUCAAGCUUCCUGCAACAGAAUCGUAGCUCCCCUAUCUCAGCAACAGCGUUCCACCCUCAUCGACCAAUCCUGGGAUGCGCUGCUCAAGGUGAUCAUCACAUUAACUUGUUCACUUGCGAGAAGUCUGAGUCUAUGUACCCAAGUUAG